AUGGGAAAUUCCGCCAGCCAAACCAAAGGCCUGAUCAAGCCUGAUGUGAUAACGAAGGCGAGGCACUGGGCGUUCAAUGGUCCCUAUGCGCCGGUACAUGAGGAAGUCUUUGCGGAGCUCCCGUUGCCCGCAGGGGUUACCCUUCCUAAAGACCUGGAGGGCGCCUACGUGCGGAACGGGCCGAACCCAUGGUGGAAUCUACCGAAGGAGGAUCACAGCUAUCACUGGUUCCUCGGAACUGGGAUGGUCCAUACCGUCAGGCUGAAGGAUGGCAAGGCAUGGUACAACAAUCACAUCCUUCGGACGAAGAAUUUCAAUGCCGAGCAAAGGACGGGCGGUCCUCACUGGGACAAGAUCGCCAACUCAACCUCCAUGCGAGAGUUCCUGGUUUCUUUGGUGUUGGAGAAGAUCGGCCUCCAACGUGGUACCCUCAGUGGCCCGAGCAACACGAACUUGGUAUAUCACAGCUCCAAGCUCAUGGCCUUGUCUGAAGGCGACAUGCCCAUGGAACUCCGUGUACUACAAGAUGGGAAGAUGGAGUCGGACGAGAAGUACCUGUACAAAGACAUGUGGAACGCGCAUCCCAAGAUCGACCCUGUGUCGGGAAAGCUCUACUGGCUCGACUACGACGUCUCGGGCCUCAGCCCCAAAUUCUCCUAUGGUGUGAUCUCCCCCGAUGGCACGCAGGAGCGCUCCUGCACUGGCACGAUGGGCGGGGGCAAGUCGGUCAUGAUCCACGACCUGGGAAUAACAGAGCAGUAUGCGCUUGUGAUUGAUGCCCCGGUCCUUGUGAACGUCGAGAAUUUCACCUCGGAAAAGAUCCUCUGGAAGUACGAGCCGUCGCACGGCACUCGCAUCGGCAUUUUCCCGAAGGAUGGCGAGAGCGGGGAGGUCACGCCCACAUGGUUCGAGAUCGAAACAUGCUGGAUCUUCCACGUUGCCAACGCCUGGGAAGAAGGCGACACGGUCGUACUAGUAGUUGUCCGCUGGGACGGUAUCGACAUGUCUGGGCACCCAGUGAAGGAGGAUCUUCUGAAACCGGGCUUUGACAAGAAGAUGUACCAGUACCGCUUCGACAUGAAGAACAAGACCGUCGCCGAGAAAUGCCUGUUCUCCGGCUUCGCGUCCUUGGAAUUCCCUGUCGUCAACCUCAAAGGGAUGGGUCGGAAGUGCCGAUACACCUGGGCCGCUGGCAGCUACGAAGGGGAGCCCAACUUUCAUCGCAUUUUCAAGUUCGACCUGGAGAAGGGGACCAGCUCCAGCUACGCCUGCUGCGACCAGAGCGGGAAGAAACUCACCGCCGGGGAGGCGUUCUUCACAGGCACUGGCGACGCCGAAGACCAAGGCUACCUGGUGACAUACCUGGUAGAGCCGGAUGGCAACGGGCCCUCCAGCUUCCUGGUGAUGGACAGUGCCAACUUGGAACCCGUUUGUCAGCUCCCGUUGCCUGUGCGAGUCCCAUUGGGGUUCCACGGUAUCUGGAUUUCCGACCAGCAGGUGCAGGCGCAGAUCAAGUAG